UCUCGGCCCGCCAUGGCGGCCCACCUGAGCUCGGGGCGGGUCAACCUGACGGCGCUGCGGGAGGCCGGGCGCAGGGAGCUGCGCGAGUUCCUCGACAAGUGCGCCGGCUCCAAGGCCAUAGUAUGGGACGAGUAUCUAACCGGGCCAUUUGGACUGAUUGCACAGUAUUCGCUUUUAAAGGAGCAUGAGGUGGAGAAAAUGUUUACCUUGAAGCCAGGCCGCCUGCCACUUGCUGAUGUCAAGAAUAUUAUUUUCUUCGUCAGACCAAGGCUAGAGUUAAUGGACAUAAUUGCUGACAACGUACUCAGCGAAGACAGAAUUCGUUCUCCGCAAAGGGAUUUCCACAUCCUGUUUGUGCCGCGUCGCAGCUUGUUGUGUGAGCAGCGGCUGAAAGAUCAGGGAAUCCUGGGCGCCUUCAUUCAUCGAGAGGAGUACAGUCUGGACCUCAUUCCAUUUGAUGGAGACCUGUUAUCAAUGGAGUCUGAAAGUGCCUUUAAAGAAUGUUACCUGGAAAAUGACCAGACCUGCCUCUAUCAUGCAGCAAAGGGUCUCAUGACCCUGCAGGCGCUCUAUGGAACCAUCCCACAGAUCUUUGGGAAGGGGGAAUGUGCACGGCAUGUGGCGAAUAUGAUGAUCAGGAUGAAGCGAGAGUUCUCUGGAAGCCAGAAUCCAAUAUUUCCAGUCUUUGAUACUUUGCUGCUGCUUGACCGCAACAUAGACUUGAUGACGCCUCUGGCCACGCAGCUGACCUAUGAAGGGCUUAUUGAUGAGAUAUAUGGAAUUCAGAAUACAUAUGUGAAACUCCCUCCUGAAAAGUUUGCUCCCAAGAAGCAGGGGGAGGGUGGCAAGGACCUCCCUACAGAGCCCAAGAAGCUGCAGUUGAAUUCCGCUGAGGAGCUCUACGCAGAAAUCCGAGACAAGAACUUCAAUGCCGUCGGCUCUGUGCUGAGCAAGAGAGCCAAGAUCAUCUCAGCCGCAUUUGAGGAGAGGCAUCAUGCGAAAACUGUUGGAGAGAUCAAACAGUUUGUCUCACAGCUACCGCACAUGCAAGCAGCGAGAGCCUCUUUAGCGAAUCAUACUUCCAUUGCGGAGCUCAUCAAGGAUAUCACUACCUCGGAAGACUUCUUUGACAAUUUAACAGUAGAACAAGAAUUUAUGUCAGGCGUAGACACUGAUAAAGUCAACAAUUACCUGGAAGAUUGUAUUGCCCAAAAGCAUCCCUUGAUCAAGAUAUUAAGGCUUGUUUGUCUGCAGUCAGUCUGCAACAACGGGCUGAAACAGAAAGUCUUGGAUUAUUAUAAGAGGGAGAUUCUGCAGACUUAUGGCUAUGAGCAUGUACUGACCUUAAAUAAUCUAGAAAAAGCUGGACUCUUGAAGCCUCAGACAAGCAGUAGAAACAACUACCCAACAAUUCGGAAAACUUUACGUCUGUGGAUGGAUGAUGUCAACGAACAGAAUCCCCAUGACAUUUCCUACGUGUACAGCGGCUAUGCUCCUCUGAGUGUGCGCCUGGCACAACUGCUCGCCCGGCCCGGGUGGCGAAGCAUAGAAGAGGUGUUGAAGAUGCUUCCGGGACCCCACUUUGAAGAACGGCAACAACUACCCACCGGGCUUCAAAAAAAGCGUCAGCAUGGAGAAAACAAAGUCACUCUUGUCUUUUUUCUGGGUGGUGUGACGUAUGCCGAAAUUGCGGCACUCCGGUUUCUGUCGCAGAUGGAAGAUGGAGGCACAGAAUAUGUCAUUGCAGCCACUAAAUUAAUCAAUGGAACAAGCUGGAUAAAGUCUCUGAUGGAGAAGCUGGAGGCCCCACCUUUCUAGCGCUGGAAACCUGUACAAA